ACUCGUGAAAAGUGCUGGACUUGUUGCGCUUCACUCACUUGAAUCAAACUCGCAACCUAACUAAGAUCUCACACAACUUUCCAUUCAACAGUGUACAUAGCGAACCACUUGCGUUUAAACGUUCAAUCUUUUGUGUUCAGCUAAGUUAGGGAAAGUUGAUAUGGAAAAAUGUACGUGAUUAGAAGGGGCUUCACACCAGACUUUGUAUUGUUCUGACCACUAUGGAUUAUUGAGAAACGGCACUCACUGACCGCGACUGCUGGAAUCCAUAUCUGCUGGGACCUUUGGGAGAUUAUCUUUAGUGAUCGAUUGGAAAAUGGGGAGUAAGACUCUUCCGGCCCCCAUCCCACUGCAUCCGUCCCUCCACCUUUCCAACUACUCGUUCUUACAGGCAGCAAGUAGGCAUGCAUUAUCUCACCCCGCAGACCACCUUCAAGGACUCUAUGGCCUCAGGACGGUGCAGACAAUGCAAAUGAACCACUGGACUUUGGGCUACACUCACAUGCAGGGACUACAAUCAACCAUCACAGAAAUGUCAGCGGCGCAGGGCCUCGCGGAUCUUCGGUUCUCACUCCCUGCGUUACCGAUUACUGCACACUUCUUCCAUCCUAAACAAGGAACUAUAACUCAAGUAAUCCCGUCUCUACACAAAGAUAGACCCCGAUUUGACUUUGCUAACCUUGCCAUUGCGGCUACACAAGAGGACGAGUCUAAGACCGAUGACCUGUUAAAGCUCACAGCAGGUCUCGGAGGCCAGAGCUCAGACUUAAAUAAACUGUCACCACACAGAAAGCCCCCACGAGGGAGGCUACCGACAAAAACCAAAAAGGAAUUCAUAUGCAGAUUUUGUGGAAGAAAUUUUACGAAAUCCUACAACUUACUUAUACACGAGCGCACACACACAGACGAGAGGCCUUACACCUGCGACAUCUGCCAAAAAGCUUUUAGAAGACAGGACCACCUCCGUGAUCACCGAUACAUCCACUCCAAGGAGAAACCCUUCAAAUGUCAAGAGUGUGGCAAGGGAUUUUGUCAGUCACGGACUUUGGCAGUUCAUAAAACUUUACAUAUGCAGGAGUCUCCUCACAAAUGCCCCACAUGCGGAAGAACCUUUAAUCAAAGAAGUAAUCUGAAAACUCACCUUCUCACCCAUACAGACAUCAAGCCCUACUCCUGUGAGCGCUGCGGAAAGGUGUUUCGGCGCAACUGUGACCUGCGACGCCAUAGUUUGACACACACACUCCACCAGGACUAACAACUAGAAAAGGAAAAAAAACAAACCAAAUACUCCUGGCGUAUAUUUGUGGACUGAAUUAAUUCGACAGAACAUGAGAUGGAAAAAAUAUAGGAGGAGAACCUUUGUUAAAUUUUUACUACAUCUACAAAAGCGGUUACUGAAGAUGGCUGAAUGAAUAUAUUGUAUAAACCGUCAUAAACUGUGGAUGUUUUUUUUUUUUUUUUUUUUUUAAUGAAUGGUAGAAAUAAUGUUGCAAGUCAAGGUGCUUAUCUACUUCAUUGCAAUUCGCAAGAGAUUAUUAAAAAUUAAAAUCAGACUAACUAUUUCACCUAUCUAUUCUUUAUGUUGUUGUGAAAGCCUGGGACAGGAUUGUGAAUCCUUACCAUGUGCACUGUAAGCUCAGAUAAAAUCGGUGUGCGUAAAACUUAAAGUAACCCAGAAAAAAGUUCAGUAUUAAUGCACAAAAAUGUAUACGUUGAGGUGUACUUAGGGUACGAGAUUGCAUUGCAGUGAGUUUUAGGUACAACUUAACAUUGUAUGGUGGAAUACAUGAUAUUUUUUAGUAAGAACGUUAGGUUACUGCCACUGGAAAAUGAUUCAGAUCUUUUUACUUACCCAAACGAGACCGUUUUGUUUCAGGAUGGUGUUAAUUACGGUAGAAACAGUCUCAAUACAUACAAUUACUUCAAUUAUUCGUGUAUUAUUCCUGCGUGUAAUUGAAAGAGCACUUUCGAAAACGACACAUAGUUGAAUAAUCUAGGCUACAUAUUAGGUCUACUUCUAAUAAAGUUGUUUCUAAAAUCGCGUGUGUGUUUUCUUUUAGUUAACCUGAUAACCGAUUAUGUCAAGUACAUGCUAAAAUUAAAGUUAAUAGAACCAAACAUUUCAGCGGUUCGCUUGCUGAUAUAUUACCAUUUGAGGAGACACGUUUAUGU